CAGCAGUUACUUUGCAGGGCUUGACAGUUCAACAUCAUGUGAAACGGUUAUCGUAAAAUAAAGUAUUAUCUGUUUUAAAAGAAGGUCAUACUUAUAGACCAGUGCUAUUUUAUCGUAUUAUAAUAAUAGUUUGAAAAUUGGUUUUAAUUUCUAGACAUUAAGAAAACAGAAGAAAUUAAUCCGUUUCAUUGAUUUGAAUCAUAUUUUUUUAUCUACGUGUACAGUUUCCGCUAUACCCCAUCUAUGUCGGGAUCGAUAAAAAAAAAUCACGGUUGCGAACUAUGUGUACAGUUAUAAAAUCAAAAUUGAUGAAAAAGUGCGAUUUUUAUGAAACCCUAAGAUAUUUAUUAAGGUUUGUGGUAGAAUUGUGAGAAUUUGAAUGUUGCCAGCCAUCUUGAUUGUUAAUUGCUAUGAGGGAGAAAAUUUAUUUCUCAAAUCAACGAAGUGAAUAUAAGUUUUAUUAUCUAACACAGAAGGGUUGGAAAACUGAGUGAAAAGAAAAACUACGAAUAUUAAAGAUAUACGUAUCCUGAAAGGAUGAAAAAUUAAUUCAUACAAGUGAUCUGAACGACACGGAAAAACAAGUGACGUGACAAAUUCCUUUGUAUCUAUCACUUACACCGUUGUAUACAAGCUGAUCUAGCUGUUCUAUGAUCAAUAUACAACAUAUGCGUGCAGUUGUGUAUGUGAACAUAACGAAAAGAGGUGACGAUCAAGCAACAUACCAUUGAUUCAGCAUAUUAAGCGGCACACCUGUAUCUUUCUGACGCAGACCAUCGGAAUAUCAGUGGAAAGGAAUUUCUCCGAACAAUCAUCUUAAGAUUUUUCAGACAUGAACACCCAGACACGCUAGCAAACGGACAGCUAUAGAAUCUACCAUGGACUGGUCUACGGGAGACUUGGUGUGGUUUGACCCUGGGCUUGGUCAUCCACUGCCGGGCGAAAUACUCGAAGUGCAUCGCGCCGCCCAAAUAAUCAUCGUGCAGGCACUAAUCAAUGGAAAGGCUCAAACAUUCACUCUUGGGCCCGGUGAAGGCAACCUUCGGCCCCGACAAGACCUUGGGAAAACUGGAGUGGAGGAUAUGACUCAGCUGGAUGAUCUGCACGAAGCUUCAUUGUUGUGGAAUUUAAAGUUGCGAUACGACAAUGGACUUAUAUACACGUACGCCGGAAGUAUACUGAUAGCGGUGAACCCGUACAAAAUGUUUGCGGAUGCAUAUGGCAUUGAAAUGGCUAAAAUGUAUUCAGGAAAACCAUUGGGGACUCUACCACCGCAUUUGUUCGCCAUUGGUUCCGCUGCACAUGCUGCUCUACCUUCACCGCAAGUUGUAGUAAUAUCCGGAGAAUCUGGAUCCGGUAAAACGGAAUCUACGAAGCUUGUGAUGCAGUAUUUGGCUGCUGUGGUGCCAGGGGGUGGAUCUGCCUCUACUGUUAUAACGGAACAAAUUUUAGAAGCUGCACCAUUAUUGGAAGCUUUUGGUAAUGCUAGAACCGCCAGAAAUGAUAACAGUUCCAGGUUUGGGAAAUAUUUGGAAGUUUUCUUCAAAUCUGGAGCAAUCAUUGGUGCAAAAAUUACACAGUAUUUACUCGAAAAAUCAAGGAUUGUAACCCAGGCACCGGGUGAGAGAAACUAUCAUGUAUUUUAUGAAUUACUUGGCGGUUUAUCGGAAGCGGAUCGCACAAAAUAUGGCCUUUUGGAGGCAGAUAAAUAUUUUUAUCUAAACCAAGGCGGAUCUGAUUGUUCACCUGGCCGAGUUGACUGGGGAUCUCUUCAAGGAGCAAUGCAGGUGCUGGGGGUAUCGGAAAGCGAACGCGAAGGCAUAGUUAACGUUCUUGCAUCCGUAUUGCAUCUGGGAAAUGUUUACUUCCACCGAAGGCAACUCAGACACGGACAGGAGGGUGUAGAAGUUGGAUCAGACGCCGAAAUUAAGUGGGCUGCACAUUUGCUUCAGAUACCUUCGGAGGGAAUCCUGAGGUCCUUAACGUCGAGAAUCACAGAGACACGAUCGGAGCGAUUAUAUACUCCAUUGAGCAUAGAUCAAGCGCUGGACGCUAGAGAUGCUUUAGCUAAAGCAUUGUACUCUGGAUUAUUCAACUGGCUGGUUCUACGGAUAAAUUCUAUCGUGCACAAAGGAGGCACCCAUGAUGCGCAUCGUAUUUCCAUUCUGGAUAUUUUUGGAUUCGAGGAUUUGGCGGAAAACUCGUUCGAGCAGUUGUGUAUCAACUACGCCAACGAAAGCCUACAGCUGUACUUCAACAAGCACGUUUUCAAGUUGGAACAAGCCGAAUAUGCGAAGGAACGUUUGGAGUGGUCUCCACUGGAGUGGGAGGAUAAUCUUCCAGUUAUACAUUUGCUCGCAAAGAAACCCGUGGGCAUUUUCCAUCUUCUGGACGACGAAUCUAAUUUUCCAAGAGCUAAUGAUUUGAGCUUUCUUGAAAAAUGUCAUUACAAUCACGCAUUGAACGAACUCUAUUCAAGACCGAGGAUCGGAGCUCAAGAGUUUGGCGUUACACAUUAUGCAGGCCAAGUAUGGUAUUGUGUGGAAGGAUUUCUCGAGAAAAAUCGUGAUGCAUUGCGAAUGGAUGUUGUUGAGCUGCUGAGUUCCAGUACGGAGCCAUUAGUAGGGGAAAUGACAAAACAGUUGCGAGCUCAAAGAGACAUAGGGAAAACAUUACCAAGGGGCAUAAACGGUAGAUUUGUGACAAUGAAACCCAGAACACCCACCGUUGCUGCAAGAUUUUCUGACUCUCUGCAACAGCUGCUGCAGUCAAUGGCCAAAUGUAAUCCAUGGUUUGUUAGGUGUGUCAAACCCAAUAAUGACAAACAAGCUCUUCGUAUGGACAUGCCGUGUGUUUUGCAGCAAUUACGGUAUUUGGGAAUGUUAGAUACCAUUAAGAUACGACAACGAGGAUAUCCAGUACGUCUUCGAUUCCAACAUUUUGUCGAACGGUAUAGACAUAUGUUGAAAACACCUCUACCAAGAGGCACUCCUUAUCGUGAGCUUUGUAGGUUCGUUCUCGAUUCUUUGCCUGGCACUAACACUGAAGGACCAGAUUUCCAACUCGGAGCUACGAGAGUUUUUCUACGGGAAGCUUUGCAUCGUACUUUAGAAGCCAGCCGUUCUGAAAGAUUGCGGGUCGCAGCUAUAACGAUACAAAAAAAUGUUCGAGGAAUGCUUUCUCGGAAACGCAUACAGCGUCAAAGACGAGGAGCGGUCACUAUUCAGAAGGCAUGGCGUGGAUAUAAAGAAAGGAAGAACUUUGUUAUGCUGAAGCGUGGUGUUGUUAAAGCUCAAGCUUUAUAUCGAGGUCGUGUGCAACGGAAGCGUUAUGCGAAAUUGAAAGUCGAAAUGAAGCGAAGAAGAGACGCUGAGCGGUUGCAAAAGGAACGCGCAGCGCAAAGCUUAGCCAAGGAACAGGUUGAGCGAAAUACUUCAGCAUUAUUGGACAUUCCAGCCGAACUCGUGUUUAUUUUCUCGAAAUCGGAAAAUUGGUCCGGACAACAAAAUGACCGUCAUUUAGUUAAAGUUGUGGGCACAGUUCCAGGACCUCCAACCGCAUCCGAUCUACCUCCAGAUCUAGACCAGUUUGCAUUCGGAAAGUUCAGUUCGGUGUAUUGCAACGGAAUGAAAAUCUCGUCAAGGCGAGAUGUAAUAUCAACACCGUUCUUAUCAAGAGCGGCCGCUCGUGACCAAGAUUUUAAAGAUGCAAUUGCAAUUUUUAAACUUAUUUUAAGAUGGACUUCUGAUUCAACUAUUGAUCAAAACAAAGAGAAAAUAAUGGCGGAUUACAUUGUACACAAAGGGUUAUCAUCCAGAGGUCUGAGGGACGAAAUACUCGUUCAAAUUUGUAAUCAAGUAUUCCGAGCUGAUGAAGCAUCUACUGAAAAGCUUUGGUUGCUCAUGUCUCAUUGUCUAUCGGCUUUCCAACCGGGAACUGCUUUUAACAAAUAUUUGAUUAAAUUCAUUGUGGAUAAUGCACCAUUCAACACCAAGGAACAAUUGUUGAAAAAACUAUUGCGUAAUGAUACAGGAAAUCAGGCAAAUCCGUGUCGUUUGUUUCCACCGUCAUGGCUAGAAUGGAGAGCUUCAUCUAGACUUGCGGAUACUGCUCUUGGUCUUAUACUACCAGAUGGCAUAAUGCAAACUGUUGCUGUAGAUUCUUGGACAACUUGCGAGGAAGCCGCCGCCUUGGCUAUUUCAUCGUUAGGUAUACCGAAUCUAGGUUGGACUGUUGUAAUCGACGAUAGCGGUUUGGUAACUGACUCAUGCGGUUUAGAUUACGUUCUAGACUUGGUUUCAGAGAAAGAACUCUGCCCAGCGUUUCCAGCCGUUCGGAGUGAUUUACUAAGAUGCGGAAGUAGAAACGUACAAACUGCCGUGAUAGAGCCAGAUAUGAGUCCUAAGCGACCGCAAGUACCACCACCGGAACCGCCUUCAGCAAAGCGAAUGUCUGAUAUUCAAUUAUUACCAGAAAGACACGAACCCCACUUGAACGAAAGCAAAGUAGACGCGGAUGAGAUAAGACCCGAAUAUACCCGGCACAUUGAAUCUGUCACAAGAAAAACAUCGCACGAUGCUAUAUCUCGAAGUAAAAUACUCAACGAUCAUUACUUUGAAUCAGAAAAAUCACGAUCACGAUCUUUAGAUGAUCUUCUAGCAGCUGAUGCUAAUGAAAUCAUCCCGAUCAGUGAACCGGAGCCAAUGGUGUUGACAUUAGCUGAGCAUAGACAAAAUGAUCGUUACCGUUCUAAUGACGGUAUUACUCCGCUUAAAGAACCUCAGCCAAGAUAUGUCAAGUCACAAUAUGCUGGAAAACGAACAGCUGGUUCCCACUCUAGUAAGUAUGUUGACAGAUCAGAAAUGAGUAUACGAUCUUCUGCCAUGUCCGAUACCAGUGAAGCACCAUCCUUGGCUAGCCAUGUCAGACGUGUGCGGGUACCCUCACAGGCUUCGGACGUUGAUCAAUUCCUGGAUGAUUUAUUUAGCCCGGUACUAGAUGGUUCUUUAGAUGAAUUGUCAGAUGCCAGAUCAUUAGCAGCUAGUAUCAGGGGAACAUCAAAUAAUACAACGAAAAUUUCGGAGUCUGACAGUACCAUGGAAUCCUACAUCGAUAAGGUGCUAUCUUCAAUAGAUGUUUGUUCUACUGUUUCAAAUCUUCAAAAUGAAACAAAAAUUGAAACCAUCAUCAAGGGUGGUGGUACGGCACACCAAACGAAGAACAACGGGUUUUCUCCUAGUUCAUCUAAUUUCCCUUCUACGCCUGUUACACCAAUUACACCCAUCAAUUCCAACUCACUACUGAUGAUGAGCUCAGUAAACCCUGAAGUAGUUGUACCAGUUUUUAACAUUCCACCAGGUGUUGACGGAACGGCUUACCAACAGCAAGUUCAAAGAGCAUUUCUGCAGUCAGCUAUGGCCCAGAAUAUUCAAAUUCAGCAACAGUUGAUUGCGCAAAAUCAGGCUCUGCAGACAUUACUCACUCAACAGGAUGGACCCAAAUCUCCUCCAAUCCAUAAUAUGUCUCCGAAACAAAAUUCGUCUAUAUCACCAUCAACUCCUCAGAUGAGCAAUCGGAAGACCAGUGUUAAAACAAGAUCAGAUUCAACGACCGCAUCUAUGUCUGAUCUGCUAAGAAGCCGUAAGGAUUCUUCAUCGUCUAACUUAAUACCGCCACCUCCGCCACCACCGUUACCACCACCAUUGGAAAUGAAGGAUCCUCUUGAAGUACGCCCUUUUCUAGACCCCUAUGGCAGAGCCAAAACCGUACGAAUUGGAAAAUGGAGGUGGCCUCCGCCUCAAGAUGGAUCCGCUGGUGAAAGUGAAGAGAAUUUCAUGCACUUUAAAAUGACACGCCAGACAAACCGAAAGACCACUCCCCAAUCGCAAGGACACAGCAACGUGGAAUCGCCAAUGGGUUCGCCUAAUGGUGUCGAAUGGGAUGAGUUCGAAAUAGAUAUUCACAUGGCAAGCAACUCCAGUAGUCAGCAUCCGAUGACAGAGCAAAACCAGAAAGCAAACCAGGCUAACCGGGUUGCAAAGCGGAGCUUUGAUAUCGGUGCAGAUAGGCCUUCGCCGAACAGUGUUGGGAAACUCAAACUAAGCAAUGAAAUGAGACAGCGACUAGAGCAGGUCACCGCUGGCCAUUCCGUACGUUCUACGAGCACUCGAUCAGACAGAGCAGAGCGAGUCCCAGCCAAAUUAGAAGAUACAAGAAGAAUGAUUCUGGAGCAACAGUUGGGCGGAAUUAUGUCCGUGCAGCAUGCCUCAAACAACCAAUCGGAUAUUCCAUCCGUGAAAACGCAGGUUCAACGAAUGGAAGCUGGCAAAAGACCUCCGCCAACAGCGUGGCCUACGAUUUUACCACCAGCUCCAGCUGGACCAGCACCGCCACCACCAAUCAGACCUCCAAAUGUGACCCCUCCUGCCCCGCCCCCGCCGCAAAUGCAGUUAUCCAUGCAAGAAGUUCCCUCUUUUGUUCAACGUCAGGAACGUGACACAUUCGGUGCAAAAGAUCCCUUCAAUGAUUCAUGGAGUCGUGCAGAAGCUGCCAAAUUGGAACUUGUAUAUGAAGCAAGUUUUAAAAAAGAAGUCGCGAUACAACGUGAACGGUCCCGAUCUAGAUCACGGUCCCGUGACCGCGAAAAUUUCUCCGAAUCUGUGUGGGAUCGCUCGGAAGUGGAAGGACCAUCAUCAACUACCAGUGACCGCGAAAAUAAAGAAAGAGAAAAGCGAGAACGAAGCUAUGAAAUCAACCAAAUUCAACGGGAGAAGGAAAGUACCAAGGUUUACCAACCAUCUCAUCCAAAAGAUAAAAUGAAAUCAAACAGUAGUAAUCGGCAAUCCGUAGCGACAUUCAAAACCCAUAUGGUUCAAAAAAGUGUACAAGAAAGGGAACGGAAGACUUCUGCUACUACUGUAUCGUCCAUCAACAAUGACCAUAUGAACGAAUCUGAUCUAUCUGUACAUGAUCCUCCUGCACCAGUGAUGCCGUUACCGGCUCAACCGUCGCUAAAAACCCCUGCAGCUGCAUGUCUCACCUACAAUAAGGUUACUUGGAAGCUGCGUGUCCGUAAGGAAGUUUUUCGUCCUAGUGAAUCAGUGUCCGCGCCAGCGGCGCUUGAUCUAAUGUUUUCCCAAAUAACUUCCGAUGUACUUGGUUUAACACCUUGUUUGAGAAUCAACCCACAAGAGAAACGUGCUGCUAUGAACUUACUCAACAGUCACGGCGUAACCACUGAAAAUAUGUCAAGUCAGGUUAGAGCUAUAGUUAAACGACACCUGUUGGACAUGGCACGAGGCUGGCCUCUGUACUUUUCACGCAUGUUCAUUUUGAAUGGUUCACCUUCCAUACCUGGUGGAACGCUGCUCGCCGUAUCUCACGUAGGGGUGUGCUUAGCAAGAAAGGAACAGGAUUAUAUUUGUGUGCAGAAAGCAAUGCCCUUCUCAGAGAUUCAAAGUGUGACCACUUUGCCACGGCCUUCAACGAUUCAGUUGACCUUGAGAAAUGGAAACCGUAUUGUACUCCACGCUCCGAAAUCUACCGCAAUACAAAGCAUGAUACAUUCAUUUCUAAUGGAAUUCCGUCAGACACAAUCCAAAGGACCUACCAUUUCUUCAGGUGUUCGUGCAGCGGCAGCCACUCUCAAUGUUCCACUGGAACGCCUCGAAAUAUCGAACAACAGCCCCAGCUCACCGAAUCAACUUUCACCAGCCGAAAAAUCUCACCGCUCGUCAACAAUCGAUUAUGAUAAUAUGCACCUGGAAAAUGGCAUAUCCCAGACGCCACAAGAUAUCCCAUCAUCUCCCAAUAAUCACAACAGUUUUGGCCAUCAAGGUCAUUACAAAGUAUCAGUGAGUUCAAUGGGUAAUAACUACUCCCCAGGCGGCCACAUAAUGCAACACGAAGAAUCAUCACCUACGCAAACAUCACUUACCAAACAUUCGCUUCUACAAUUCGCAAUGCAACAUUUCCGAAAUGAUGGCGAAGAAUUCAAGAGGAACGAUAACCGAUCAAAUGCACGCAACCCCUUGGCAGACAUGGUGAAAUGGCAGGGCCAUCCACUUCGCUUACCACUUCUGCGCUUACCGCCCGAUUUAGCCCCACUUGCAAUCGAAUGUUUCGAUUGCAUCCUCCGCUACUGUGGAGACCUUGUACCAGAUCCGGAGCUAACAGAAGUCAAAUGCGUGUACACCGUGUUGAUGCAUUGUCACAAACAUUUGACCUUGAGAGAUGAGGUUUACUGUCAACUAAUCAAACAAACCACGGCCAACCGUUCAGCGUGCCCGGAAUCGGCUCAACGUGCUUGGCGGUUACUUAGCAUACUGGCGGCAUAUUUCGGCUGUUCUGAUGCGCUUCGUCCGUACUUGAUUGAGCACCUCACGUCAGCGGCGUCAGACCGUCGCCGCGCAUGUCACGGUACAGCUGCCGUCUGUCUCAACAACCUGAGAAAAACUGCGCGCUGUGGUGGUAGGAAGAAUGUACCAAGCGUUGAGGAGGUCACGGCGGUAUCAGCUGGACGAUCGGCAAGGAGACAAAUUUAUCGGUUACCAGGCGGAGCGGAGCGUAUAGUAAAUACUCGAUGUUCAACAGUUGUAGGAGAUGUAAUAACAGAAUUAUGCUCACUUCUGGGAAUAGAGAUACCAGCAGAACAACAAGAGUUUUCUUUAUACUGCAUUGUACAAGGAGAUGCAUUCACGAUGCCACUUGCCGCAGAUGAAUAUAUUCUGGAUGUAACAACAGAGCUUCUGAAAUCUGGACAACCAUUCUAUCUAAUUUUCUGUCGCUCAGUUUGGCAUUUCCCACUGAAACGAGACCCUGCCCCGACCCCUCUUUAUAUUGAAGUACUUUUUAAUCAAGUAGCACCAGAUUACCUAGAAGGGUUGCUUCUAGAAUUACCAAACGGUGGAGCUCCGACACCAGAUUAUGUUCGUGAUAUGGCAAGAAUAGCCGCGAUACUCCACAGGGCAGCAGACCUCAACCAUUUACCUGCAAUGAAGGAAAUUAAAUUUCUUUUGCCGAAGCCCGCCUUAUCUUUACGAGAGCUCCGACCAGCACAGUGGGUUGCCCUAGUGCAAUCUGCUUGGCCAUCAAUAGCCGGUCUCAGUCCGAUACAAGUUAAAGCACAAUUCCUCAACGUUUUGUCAUCCUGGCCAUUGUUCGGUAGCAGUUUCUUUGCAGUGAAAAGAGUGUGGUCCGAAGAGACACCCGCUGAAGAAGUGAGUCCUAUGUGGCGAGAACUGAUACUUGCACUGAACAGACGCGGAGUACUCUUCCUGGACCCUAAUACUCACGAAACAAUGCAACAUUGGCCAUUUAAUGAAGUGAUUUCUACUAGAAAGGUUCGAUCGGAAGACGGUGCUUUAUUCUUGGACAUGAAAGUAGGCAACCUCCUGCAACAACGGGUCAUUCGGGUUCAAACCGAGCAAGCACAUGAAAUAUCUCGACUAGUGCGACAAUACAUCACAAUGGCACAAGCACAACUAAGGGACCGAAGAGAAUAAUUCAAAUCGAUCAAAAACGUUAUGGGAUUAUACAUAUAAAAAGAAACUAAAAAUUUAUAAAAAUUGUUUUGUUUUGGACAACAUGACUAUUCCGAUAGGCAGUUAUAAAGUCAUAUGUAAUGAAAAUCGAUUCAAUGUAAGACAUAAUAAAUAACCAGAGAUUUUAUUAUAA